AUGUCCGGCUUCGACCUGGUCCCGGUGGACGGCGGGGAUCCCGUCCACCUGCCGCCGGGGGAGACGGUUCUGGGCCGCGGUCCAUUUCUGGGAGUCAGCGAUAAAAGAGUUUCCAGACACCACGGGCUGCUGGAGAACCUGAACGGACAGCUGAGGCUCAAACCGAUCCACCUGAACCCCUGCUUCGUUCAGUCGUCCCUGAGCGACGAGCCUCGGCCUCUGCAGAAAGACUCGUGGCACCUCCUCCAUCAUGGAGACUUGUUCUCCCUGCUGCCGGGUCGGUUGGUCUACGAGGUGGUGGCGGUGGGCGGAGAGGAGGGCACUCCCAGAAACAGCCAGAUGUUUGAAGAAGAGGAGCUCCAGGUUUCUCCAGAUGUUGAAGCACCUCCUGCUGCUGGACAGGACCAGAACCAGAGUCCACCUCAGGAGGUUCUGGCGCCAGCAGCUCCAUCGAACAGGGAGGAGGCCGACUGUCCCCGCAGCAGUCUGAAACAGGGAGACUCGGCUCGACUCGUGGAGGAUGACCUGAGAGACGUCGCUCCGUCUGUAACCAGGAGAAGAGUUUUACCUGCGUGGAUGAUGGCGGCUGUAGCAGCGCCGAAGCCUUCGUCCUCCAGCCUGAAAGCUCCAUCAGUCGCAAAAGGAGGCAAAUCACCUGCAGUGUCAGUCAGGGCUGCAGCAAAGGCCACGCCCACUGCAACAUCCUCACCUGUGGGGGCGGAGCUUAGCGAGGAGGAAGAGGAAAGACCGAGGAAGAGGAGGAGGAAGACGAGCAACAAAGAGGAAAAGCCUCAGACUGAAAAGGAUGAUCCCUCAGAAGAACCCAGCAGGUCUGAAGUCGGCGGUGAGUCCGACGUUCUCACGGUGGCGACAGGAAACAGAAACGUGUCGACACGGACGUCUGAAACCUGCGAACCUGAGACGGAGGACAAGAAGUCGAGAAGCGAACACUCGUCUGAAGAAGCUGCGUCUGUGGGGUUGAAUGGCGGCUCGGCGUCCGUCCCGCCUCCGUCCAGACACAGAGUCCGGACGCCGUGUCCGUACGGGAAGGCCUGCUACAGGAAGAACCCGCUUCACUUCCAGGAGUGCAGUCACCCUGGAGACACCGACUACGAGGAGGAGGAGGAGGAGGAUGAAGAGGAGGAGAACCGACCCGAGUGUCCCUACGGCACCGACUGCUACAGGUCAGACAUCUUAUAG